GACUACAAGUCGAAGACUGAAAAUAACAUCGAUGUCCACGUUAAGUGUUUAUGUCCCGACCGCUGGUCUCAGGCCAGCGCGACAGGCGAAAUUACCAUUAGGCCUGCUGAUGGUAUAUCUGUGAAAACGAAGAUUGAUGAUGGAAUGAAACUGACCAAUGACAUUGAAAUAUCUGAGAAAAUAAAGGGAACGAAACACAAUAUAGUAUGUAGUAUUGACAAAGAGGGUGAAAAGAACCUCAAACUGAAGAGUUCUUUGAAGCAAGACCGUGUGAACGCUAAACUUAAAGUUGACUUCCCCUCUAAGUUCCCUCGUGCUGUAGGAUCUGUUGUUGUUGGCGAUAAAUGUUAUAUGGCUGGUGCUAAACUGUCCAUUGAAACGGAUGGAUUCGAAAUAAAGAAAUAUGUCUACUCAUUGGGUUACGUUGACAAAGGAUUUCAGCUGCACGGCUUCCUAACCAACCACCGAGAUAUCGAUAUAACGCUCUUCCAAUCGCAUAGCUUCGUGGACUGUGGAUUUAAAAUAAGCUGGGAUUCGUAUUCAAAGAACACUUCAUUGAGCGCAGCUGUGAUGUACAAGUCGAAUAAGAAUACGUUUCUCAAAGCCCGGGUGGAUGAACAUGGGAACAUAAAUUUGGCAUAUGGAAUAAAAUUCAUACCCGGUAAUCUUCCGUUUGGUUUGUUUUCGUAG